UUUUCAGAUUGUCCGCUGGAUUGUAUUUGUGUAAAAUUGUUUUCCUGGACUGUCUUGUAGAAUGACCCCUCUCCAAAUUGGAUUGUUAUUGGGCGCUUCGGUGUUUUGUAUUAUUUUCCUGGGGCACGCGGAGGCCCAGGCAUUCGGGGAACAAUGUUUGGACAAUUUCAAAAAGGGCAGAGACGAUUUCGUUCUCGACACCAAUGAGUCGGUCAAAGACGGUGCGACUUUCAUCUCUUCAACGAAAGUUGAGCGCACGAAGGACUGUAUACACUCCUGCUGCAAAGACCCCAGGUGUAAUGUCGCUUUCAUGGAGAAUGGGGCAGAUGAGGGCAUGAUCAAGUCAUGCUUUCUCUUUGACUGUCUAUACAAGAAGACCUACGUCUGCCGAUUUGUCAGGAAGAAGGGAUUCCUGAACUACAUCAUAGACUCUGUGUAUGGAAGUGAUCUGGUAACAAAUGGCCUCCCAGGUAAGAUGGGUAUCACUCUCACACAUCACAACAUAGACACUCAUCAAAUUAACUAAUUGAGUCUACUCAUAUAUUUAGGGUUGGGCAUGUCCAUAAUGAACUUCAUGUUGACAAUGAACUGCCUUCUAAAGUAACCUGAACACACAUUAUACCAUUUGGCUACUGAAUAUUAUUAUGAGCAGAGAAAGCAACCCCCUGGACAUGGACUGUCUUUGUGGAUUGAGUCACAACAGCCAAGCCUCUUAUCUCCAGAGGAGAUGAAACCACCGCCUUAGAGAAGAGCAUUACCCAGCAUGUCCACACACGCCAUGGCUCAUUAUAUGGCCCCUUGUCACAGUCUUAGGUUUUUGUUUUCACUUCAUUGCUGCUGAGAAAGUGUCUUACAGGGGAGAUUGGUAUUGUGCUGUGGGUGAAGUAAGGGAUUGCACUCUGACCUGACUCAAGAGUGAAUAUUGAAUGUCAACAGGAUGUAGUUGUUAAUUGUGCAUGAGCACCACCAAACUGAUGGAUUUGCUGACCCUACUUUUUGGUUGUCAUCUGUUGUGUUGACACUCAAAACCAUUCAAAUGCCAUUAAAGUUCAGUCUAGUCAAACUUGAACCAGCCAUAAUAUGUGUUUACUCUUUGCACAACGGUUUCUUACAUAACAGAUUAUCUUAAAGCUGCAUGUAUUUUCAGUAUGAAUAUGUUGUUGUAUUGAACAUUUGAUGAAGGCUGUAUUCAACUUUCAGAUGAAGAGGACCAUCCUCCAGUGGCCAAUGGAGGUCCGGACAGAGUGGUGCAGCCCCAGGAAAGUUUGACUCUGAAUGGCAUUGAGAGCAAGGACGACCACAAGAUUGUCACGUACCAGUGGCACCUAGUGUCAGGCAACUCUUCCGCUGUCAUAGAGGUGAGUGAUGAUGACUGGGGACAUCAGGGGGCACAGGUCAGUCAUUAUUGGGAUGUUUUGGGUGUUUAUCUGAUCAUAGAUUGGUCUCUGACUGUGUAAGAGUACAUGAGAUGGACAGGUCACUCUCAGAACACCGGAGAAUCACAAUGAAAGCUACUCCAUUUCCAAAGUUCGGCCAUACAAGACAACAAAUUUAAACAUUUUCUUUCCUUGUCUCCUAGAAAACUACAUUCAGUGACCAAGUAAUUGUGUCCAAACUGACGUCAGGGGUGUACAAGUUCCAGCUGACCGUCACAGACUCCAGCGGGCAGUCCGACCAAACCCAGAUCACCGUCCUGGUGCUCACCCCUGAGCAGUCUAAGCGUGAGUAUGUUACAGUCUAUGCGAAACACCUGUGAAACUCACCUAGCUACACAUUGUAACACAAUUGUGUUGAGGGUGAAGGGAAAUUCACGCUGUAUAUUGAAUUUCAAUGCACUUCUACACAGUAAGUUGCCUGUGUAGGAAAUCAAACUUAAGUGAAAAUGAUUUCUCAUUGCAGAGAAACUGUUGUUUCCUCUUUGAUGUUGUUAUAUGUGUGAUUGCAUGUUCGUGUCAGCAUGAGGUGAAAACCACAUAGAUCCCUGUAUAAGUUAACUGUAACCAUUGAAGUUUCACUUAUGCAAAGUCAAAUUUCACCUGCUUGACUGCCUGGCUAUGCUCCUCCAUUUUAAUGUCAUAAUGUCUUCUUUUAUUAUUCACUGUUGGUUUACCCUAUGACAUUAUUGUGUUGAUCACAUCACUUCUAACAGUCAGUCAAUCUGCUUCUGCAUUUAAUUCUGCUGAAGAUACGCAACAUUAAGGUAAAGUUUGAUUGCGUGCAUGUUUUAAAGAUGAAUAGGCAUGUAGUUUCUGAGUAGUCAUGUUUUGUCCCUGACUCACGUCGUGUCAUACCAGACAUGACUCACAACUCUCCUCUAUUUGUUUAUGUCUUUAAUGUGGCCUACAUCAGUGAUCUGUCAUGUCAUGUGUUUAGAGUAGGUACACUGUGGACACUAUGAUAAACUAUGUCCUUAAGGUGAGAAGGACUGAUGCCCUUCUGGCUAUAUUUGACACUGAACACAUAAUGCAAGUGAAAUGUAAUGCAAUAUAAGGAAUGACUUUGAAAUUAUAUUUUUUCUUCAAAUCGAGGAAACUGUCUUUGCAGUUUGGAUUUUGCUGUGAAGAAGAACUAUCCCAUUACAAGUAUAGGUGGCAUGUUGUUAAGUUCAUAAAUCAUUUGAAUGGCUUUGAAAUGCUUGUUGAUUACUUUGUACUGGUUUAAUUUGAGUUUAUUAUGACAAGACUUAAUCAUAAUCAUCAACUUUUCAUGACAACGUGACAGGAUGUAUGCAUAUUAAAAUGACAAAUAGACCUGACCAGGCAAGCUCAUCUGAUUCCCGUAGAACAAAAUCUAGAUUUCCAGAUUUAAAAAAGCACAUUCAUAAGUAGAUUUGACUCGGCUUAGACAUCUAUAUGUGGGCUCAAGCGCUACUUACAACAGCUUAGCGUUGUUAUUUUCCUAGUACUUGUUUCCUCAUUGGCUGUGAGUUUGACUUAUUAUUAUUAUUAUUAUUAUUAUUAUUAUUAUUAUAUUAUUUGACAGAAAAACGGAUAUGUCUUCCAUGAAUGACGGUAUUAGGUCAUAACAGGAUGACAACUCAUUAUCAUACUAGCUUAUACUAGGUAGAUCAACAGUGUUGCCUGGCUGCUCAUUAUAGAUUAACAGGGAAUAUUUAGGAAUCAGACAAUGGAGGGGUUUUCUCUGCCCUACCCAGUAACGUGAGAGUGUGUAUAUGGAAUGGAUAGACACUUCCUGGACGUUCAGCAGAAACAGGAAGUGAGGAUAGCUGGGGUUGGCAUUUUUUCCCUUCACUCCCCUCCCUUUUUAAAACCUGUCUGUCUGGUUUGAGCUUGGGUUUCACAAACACAAGCAAACUCUGUUACCGUCUUGAUAAAGACAGACUCUUUGAUACUCAAACACUUUGAUGUUAUUUAUAACAUUAUGUUAUAUAUUUUGGAGCAUGUUGGUCUCUCUCACAGUCUUAGCAGACUGAUUCAGUUACCCAUUAACAAGUCACUACUCUGAAUGGUGUGAGGAAUGUUCCUCUGUGGAAAGGACCAAGGCAUACCAGUGACCCCUGAUGUGAGCCACCACAAUACAUUUAUACCUAAAUGGCUGCCUGCCUCAAUGCUGGACGAAUCACAAUUAGAAAUGCUAGAAGAAUCAUAAUUAAAGAUACCCUGAUAACCCUCCCCUCUCAGCAAAAUGAUAUGUAUACUGUGAAUAGCUAUUUGAGUUUUCCAUUGACUGUGGUACACAUGGUUCUCUACCUAUAAUGUUAUUCUUAAUGCAUCAAUUAACUUUCCUUCGUAUUGUAAUGACGGAAUGGCUGUGCAAUGUAAUGUAAUGUAAUGACUCAUAUAAAAUGUUUUUUAAAAAGUAUGCAGGUUGGUUGUCCUGAUAACAUGCAUCAACUAGCUUGUUGUGUGGUGUACAGCUUGGCGUUGCACAAGAGGAACCACUUCCCCUGUCUGUGUUAUAUCAGUCAUGUCUGCUUUCUUCCAAGAUACAUCCAAAUGUAUCUUCAGUGGUUGAAGUAGGCCUAAUUUUAAGGAAAAUUACCUAGACUCCCCCCCCCCCCCCCCCAAUCACAGUGACUUGCUCUACACCAUUUUGUUAAGUUUAUUUGAAGGUCUGUUUAUAAACUGCUAUGUAACGAGAAGUAAUGAGCUGUUUGGAGCUAUGAGCUGAGCCUUUAAGCAAAAUUAUGUAAUAAGCAGUUUAUAAGCACUGUAAUAAGCAGUUUAUAAUCACUGUAAUAAGCAGGUUAUAAUCACUGUAAUAAGCAGGUUAUAAGUACUAAUAAGCAGUUUAUAAGCAAUGUAAUAAGCAGUUCAUAAGCAACUUUUGCCCCAUAUUGUGUCCAAUGUUACACGUUUUCGUCUGAGCUUCCACAACUCAACCACAGCAUAAAAUUACAAUCACAUGACAUUUGUGUGUGUUAUAUUGUGUGUUUUAUUACAUCAUGUUAUAUCUAAUCACCAGUGUCCCCUCUCUCUGAUGCUUUAUCCUCCAGAUCACUGCCUGGUCCCCAAGAAGGUGGGUCCCUGUCGUGGGUCCUUCCCCCGCUGGCACUACAAUGCUGCCUCAGAGAAGUGUGAGGAGUUUCUGUUCGGGGGCUGCAGAGAGAACCUCAACAACUACCUCUCCCUCCAGGAGUGUACCAACGCCUGUGAUGGUGUUUCAGGUACUGUACAGAUCCCUCUUGCCUCUCUAAGAACAGUUGGUUUUGCAGAAGAUUGAUUUGUUGAUUGAUUUGUUAAUUGAUUGGCAUUUCCUUUCAUGUAGUUAUGCCCAGCGUUGGCAGUGGUAGAAGUGGGCCACUUCCAGCCCCUAGAGGUAAGACUAACCCACAUUUCAUUGAAUGUCCUCAGAUGUAUGGAAAAGAGCUGUAUACCUUUUGGCUAUGCCUCCCACACUCAUUGACACAUGCAGUGCCUAGUGAAUGUCUACACACCCCUCGCCUUCAAAUUUUGCUGCCUUAAAAUAAAAUAAAUAAUUUUUUCCCUACAGAUCGACACAACGUACUCCACAUUUUCUAAGUUAUAGAACAUUAGUAAAACAUUAAUUAAACAAUAAUAAAAAAUAUGUCUUGAUUGCGUAUGUCUUCACACCCCAGAGUUAAUACUUGGUCUAAGCACCUUUGGCAGCCAUUACAGCUGUGAAUCAUUUGGAAUAAUAUUCCAUGAACUUUGCACAAGUCUUAGGGCAACAUAUGUCCAAUGUUUCAAGCUCAGUAAAUUUGUUUGGGAAUCAUUGAUGGACAGCAAUAUUCAAACCUUGUCUCUGCUUUUAAAGCAAAUUUAAGUCAGGACUGAGCCUAGACCACUCAGGAACACUCAACACCUUUUGGAAAGCCAUUAUGGUGUGUAAUUGUCUAGCUGAAAUAAAACUCUGAGGCAGGUUUUCCUUUAACUUUUUACCUGGGCUUUGCUCUUUUCAUAUUUAUUUUGAUCCUGACAAACCCCCCAGUUCCUGCCGAUGACAAGCAUACCCAUAACAUGAUGCUGCCACCACAAUACUUGAAAAUACAGCGGUUUCACUCUGUUGGAUUUGACCCAAACCUGUCGUUUUUAAUUUAGGCCAAAAAGUAAUGUCUUUGCCAUGUUGUCUUGCAGUAUUACUUAACGGCCUUAUUGCAAACAGAAUAGAUGAUUAACACAGUCUUCCUUCUUCUCACUUUAUCAUACAGGCCAGUCAUGUAGAGUGAAUGCAAUGUGGCUGAUCCCUUUGUAUUUUCAAGUAUUGUGGUGGCAGCAUCAUGUUAUGGGUAUGCUCGUCACCGGCAGGGACUGGGGAGUUUGUUAGGAUCAAAAUAAAAAUGAAAGGCGCAAAGCUGAGAGUCCCUGAGAUUUUUCUGCGGGACAAUUACAGAAAUUGUAAUGCUAAAGACACACCAGAAUGGAUUUCCAACAGGUGUUGAGUGUUCCUGAAUGGUCCAGUCUCCGUCCCGACUGAAAUCUGUUUAAAAAAUCAAAUCUGAGACAAGGUUUGAAUAUUGCCAUCCAUCAAUGAUUCCCAACCAAAUUUCACUUUGAAAAUGUGGAGUAGGUUGUGUAGAUCGAUGGGAAUGUUUUGGGGAGUAUUUUCAUACAGAUCUGUUUUACCGUUUAGAAAUGAAAGCACUUUGUGUAUCUAGUCCCCCCCAUGUGAAGAAGUAAUAAGUAUUUGGACAAAUUUGCUUAUAGUGUAUCAAAGUAGUCAAAAGUUGAGUAUUUGGUCCCAUAUUGCAUGCAAUGACUACAUCAAGCUUGUGAUUCUACAAACGUGUUGGAUGCUUUUGCAGAUUGUUUUGGUUGUGUUUUGGGUUAUGUUUUGCCCAGUAGUAACUGAAUGGUGAAUGAUGAUGACUGGAGUAAUUUUCUUUCUAAGUGAGUAGAUAAGAUGUUUCUGAACACUUCUAAAUUAAUCCUGAUAAUGCCAUGAUGAAGAAAAAUAAUGAAUGAAUCAUGAAUAAUGAUGAGUGAGAUGCCGUUCAGAGGCUACAACAAAACAUGCUAAUCUCUCACCAUUACCAGUAACAGGGGAGGUAACCUUUAUUUUGGGGGGGGUGGGUGGGUAUGAUCUUUGUGCCUCUGUAACCUUCUCUCAUCAUUAUUCAUGAUUCAUUCAAUAUUAUCCAUAGUCAUGGUAGCAUCCACAUGAAUGUAGAAGUGUUCAGAAACAUCUUAUAUUCUUACUUACAAUAAAAGUGACUCCAAAAUGGCACAAGACAUUAUUCACCAUUCAGUUCCUAUUGGGCAAAACAUAAUUCAAAACCCAACCAAAACAAACCGCAAAUGCAAUCAACAAGUUUGUACAGUCACAAGCUUAAUGUAGUUAUUGCCUGUACUUUAAUACACUAAAAGUGAAUUUGUCCAAAUACUUAUGACAUCUUCAAAUGGGGGGACUAGAUACAUAAAGUGCAUUCAUUUCUAAAUGGUAAAACAGAUAUGUAUGAAAAUACCCUUGAAUUAAAGGUGACAUUCUGUACUGUCGCUUGAUAUGAAACAUUCUAUGUCAAAUCUAAAACGCUGGAGUAUAGACACAAAAUUAAAAUGUUUAGCUUGACUGUCCAAAUACACAUGGAGGGGAAUGUACCUGUUCAUUGAGACUUAUCGGUUGCAUGGGUUAGCUGUGCACUGCGUCAUGUUUCUCUGUAUUGAGUAAAGGUUACUCUCACCUCACCUGUUCUGUUCAACUGUGUUGUUGUGUUUAGAGGUGUGUGGGGUCCCCUGUGGGUCAGGCCAGUUCACCUGUGCCAACGGCUGCUGCCUUGACCAAGGCCUGGAGUGUGACAAGGAGCAGCAGUGCAGCGACGGCUCAGACGAGGAGAGCUGCGAAUACUGUGAGUGCAGGCUAUGGCUAUGCAAACCGACCCUAAUUUACAUAACACUGCACUGGCCUUACCUUACCACUGACCUUACAUUACCACUGACCUUACAUUACCAGUGCAGCCAUGAAGUGAUACUGCUGGGCUGCUCAUUGUUUGUUGACAUGUGAAGUUGCUAAACUCUUGUUUUCUUCCUUUCACCAGUGAACGACAAGUUCCGGAUUCUACUGCAAAUUCCUUUGGAUGAACAGAAAGGUUAUUUGAGUGUUACUGUUUUGAGACAUGUUCACAGUAAUAGGAUCCAUCUAGGAUAUUGUUGUUGAGUAAACUGGUCACCUAUGGUGCCUAGCUCUGCUCUUACUCUCCUUACUAACACUGAUUUAUCUCUCACACAUAUUCUUUCAACCACAGUUCGCUGCACAGAGCACCCCAAAACGGGAAACUGUCGGGACAGUUUUACCAAGUGGUACUACAACCCUCUCUACGAGAAGUGUUUCCGUUUCAACUAUGGCGGCUGCGACGGAAAUGACAACAGAUUUGACACUGAAGAUACUUGUAUGACGACCUGCAAACUGGUAACAGGUGGGUUUGCGUGCUGUAGCCAUUACAACACUUUCAACUGUACUGUUUUAUUACCCUUUGAGACCAUAAUGAUGACAACUGAAGGGAAUGUUUGAGAGCUGUACUCCCAUUUCAGCACCCAUACAUUGUGUAUCAAGAAUACUGUAGCUGUGUAUACUAACUUGCUUGUCUGUUAUCCUUACUAUGUGUUCAGAAAAGGACAUCUUUGAGAGAAAGGAGUCCUUUGAAUACCAGGACACUCAAGGCCAGAUAGGUAAUUAUCUCCUCCUUAUUCUGCAUUUCUUCUGUAGUUUCCUCAUAAAAGUGAAGAUGGAGCCUUUUGUCCCUCAGAACGAAUUGCGCUCCUUUAGAAGUCCAUGGAAAAGACACCCUGACAAUACUCCUUUUUAAAUCAAAUUCUUCCACCCCAUCAAUUUUAAGGGCCCUGGGGCUCAAAGCUGGUCACAAAAAUCUUGUGGUGAUGAUGAAGCUGUCUGCUUCCCUGCCCAUUCUCUUCACUUAAUUCAGACACCAUGAAUGUUGCACAUGAUUGAUCGUGUCUGUUGUCCAGCUUUUGCUGCCCUGCACAUGCAGGCUUCUUUUUAUAUAGUUAUUGACUUACUGGUGUGUGUGUGUCUUCAUGCCCAUCCCUGUCAGGCAUCAUAGCAAUAGCCAUACUGCUUGGCCUAGCCAUCAUCAUACUGCUGGUCGUUCUAUCUUACUGCUUCAUGAAGGGCAAGAAGAAGAAGCAGCCUCAGCGCCAGCGGGUACCCGUCAACGGCACCCAGAUCCACACCAUGGAGGACACUGAGCGUCUUGUCUACAACAGCACCACCAAGCCCAUCUGA